AUGAUCACUACGACUGAGAUUGGACCUCCGCCUGUAACCAAUGGAUGGGUAAUGCCAGCUUUGAACGGUGCCCACUCAGAAACAGGUGUGAUUGCUAGUUGCGCAGCAAACAAGGUGAUCCGGAAAAACUCCCUUUUGAAGACGCUUGCUGCUGAACUCUCGGAAGCUUUUAACUCAUUGUAUCAAAAGCAAUUUCCAUCAAACAACUGCUAUAUUUGCCCUGCUCACAUGUUUACUGAUACACAUAUAUGGAAAAUCAUUAAGAAUUUUGAACAAUUACAAAAUGGGACCCCUCUGCGUUUGAUUUUUGGUAGUGAGCCUAUCAAGGGAACAUAUUCGAUGAUUGAUUCAGCCCUCGCAAAAUGGGCUGAAUUGGAAGACUUUUGCGCGUACCUACUUGACUCAAAGGCUUGUGCUGAAAAGGUGGCGAUUUCGGCUGCAAAACGAGAGGCUAAUAAGAAAGCAAAUCCCGACGGCUCUGACCUCAAAUGGAAAAGGACUACAUACCCGAACAAAAAGGAAACCACUAAAGGCGUUUCAAGAUUGAACACUGUCAGUUCAAAGGAUCAGGUUCAAUAUAAAUCGAUGUCUCAAACUCCUAUAGGUAUUUCUCAAUCUGCUACAAGAACGGUCAAAAAGAAAGUCCCUCCGUAUGCUUUCCAAAUCAACCAUGUUCGCAGGACAAAAACACACGUAAAUCACUCCAAAAUCAGGUCUGCUGUUAACUCCCUUCCCAAACAUGACUUACAACCACAGUUACCUCUCUCAAUUCUCAAUUCUAAUGUCAACACGCUUGACCAAAAUGUCUUACAACCACGGGUACCUCACUCAAAUGUCAAUUCUACCGUUAACUCUCUUACCAAAGAGGUCUUACAACCACGGUUACCUCAAGGUGUAACCAAUACUCGAACACACCCCUCAUUCAAUUCACUCAAUGUGCCAAAUGUUGAAUCUCACACGUUUGGAUAUCCUAGUAUUGUUUCACCAUCUCGGUCAAAUCUUUCAAAACAGCCUAUGCUACUAAAUGCCCCAUGGAAUUGCAUAGUUUCACAUCCAAUUCCUGAACCACAAAUGAGAGCCAACAGAGAAAAUGAGGAUCCAUUUGGAUUGAGUCAUUCCAAUGGUUUUAGGACUCCCAAUCUAUUGCAGAAUUCGAAAGAUCCUCUUGAAUGUUAUGUAGAAUUACCUGGCCAACAACUCAAUGGUUACCUACAAGACGGUCAUUCGGUGUCAAAUAAUUCUCAUGAAUUUUUAACAUCAAAUACAAGACAAUUUCAGAACACUCCAGAACAGAUCUCGGGCGUUGUAUUUGGGGAUAAUCAACACUUCAUAAUAAACGACCAACGUAAUAUACCGAAUACAGAUGAGUUAUCAGGACCGCAAAUCAUGGGCCAGUUGGAAAAUGAACAUCAAGCCUGUGACCAUCAAGCCAUCAACAACAACAGACACGAGACACAUUCACUCCUUCGUUACCCACAGUAUCCUCCUCAUCAUCCGCAGGCAGGAAAGAGUUGGGGCAACCCCAAUGGUACCGAGUGCCAGUCUUUUGGAUUUCCUCCUUUCGCAGGAUAUCCUGAAUCUUCGCAUACCCCAAAGCAGAAAUAUCAUUCACCAACUUGGGGUGGGCACGCGAUCGGAACUGAGAUGAUAUAG